GCGCGGCGUGCAACCGUGUGCUGCAUGUACAAAGACAUGGGCUGCCAAAUCAGGGGACCACGCAGCCUCCUGCAGCAUCACAUGGACGACAGCACGUCGGCACACCUCGCCCUGCUCACCGACGUCUGCCUGCGGCAGCGGCAGCAGAUCAGCUGCCUGAAGACGGCCGUCCAGUCGAUCGCCUCGAGCACGGACGGCACGACGCUGUUCCGCAUCACCGACUUUUCGGCGCGGCUGAGCGAGGCGCGCGCGGGCAAGAGCGGUGGGGAGGUGCGCAGUGCGCCCUUCUACACGCACCGCUACGGCUACAAGCUCGCCGCGUCCGUCUUCCCGAACGGCAACGGCUGCGGCGACGGCACGCACCUGUCCGUCUACAUGCGGCUCGUGCCGGGCGAGUACGACUCGCUGCUCGAGUGGCCCUUCAUGCAGACGGUCUCGUUCACGCUCUUCGACCAGACGGAGUGCGCCGAGAAGCGCGCCGACGUGACGGAGAGCUUCGCGCCCGAGCCGGGGUGGCGCCACUUUCAGCGGCCGAGCCGCGACGACUGCGACAACCUCGGCUUCGGCUUUCCGACGUUCGUGUCGCACUCGGCGCUGAAGAAGCGCAGCUACGCGAAGGACGACGUCGUCUUCAUACGCGUGCGCGUACACUCGCCGAAAUACAUCGAGAACAGCGUUAUUUGAGCGCGUGUGUCCGCGCGCUGCUGCUGUCUCAUACAUUCCUGAGAGAAUGCCAGCGUUUUUACGGUUAUUUGCCGACGUUGCCACGCGAGCGAGCGCAAAAGCUCAUCGGAAAGUCAUUGUUUCUUAUUUUGAAAAAUGUCGUCAAACGUUACAGUCAGUCGUCGUCACUGCCGUGUGUCUUGACAUUUAAUGUUACGUUAAACGUCGUUGUCAAACCGCUACAGUCAGUC